CUUCUAGUCCAAGGGGAGACUAUUUCGUGUGAGAGAGAAAGAGUUGACAACAGUUAUCGUUCGUGAAUUUGCUUGUUUAAAAAUGGAGUCGCCCAUGGAAGAAGGCAACGUGGAGAACAUUGGUCUUUCGUCACAGAGAAGCAAACCCUGUGUCUUUUGUUUGCUCAAUGUAUCCAAAUACACCUGUCCAAGAUGUAAAGCCGUUUACUGUUCUGUCAGCUGCUACCGAAGUGAAAAACACCUCCAAUGCUCUGAAUCGUUUUACAAGAACUGUGUCACCGAGGGACUGGUGGACCUUGCCGUCAGUCAAUCAGAAAGAGAAAAGAUGAUUGAAAUUCUGAAGAAAGCUUCUGAAGCUGAUGAUGAUGAUUAUGAAGACUCUGAUGAGGAGGGAUGCAGUCUGGCUGAUCGUCUUACUGGCCUGGAUUUAGAUAAAGACACAGACAAGAUCUGGGACGUACUUACAAAGCAAGAGAAAGAAGAAUUCCAGAAAUUGCUCAGGGAUGAACAACUUGGAGGCUUGAUAGAAUUUUGGUCACCAUGGUGGAGCCACAAGGAGACAUCAAAAGUGGAAGACUUGGAUGCUGAUAUGAAACCUGAUAAAGCAUUCCCUCAGUUGUAUAAGGAUAUACCUCACAUCUCCCAAAUCCUCAAGAACAGUAAGCCAUCAAGUGAUCUAAGAUUCACCGUAAUCAGCACCGUUUAUUCCUACGCUUAUAUCUGCCGGUUGCAUAAUGGUGACCACUUGAACACUCCGUUAGACUGUGCUAAUGAAGUCUUACUCCUCUGUGAUGUCUUAGAUACAACACAAAACUACAGCAGCACAACUGAGGCUCUACAUGCUUGUUUAAACAAAAGUAAUGAGGAUUCGAGUUCAAUCCAGGCUUCCCAGAAAUUCAGUAUCUCAAUCAUAAAAGACAUCAUUAAUAUAAUAGAAGGCCCUUGUACCCAGAAACCUUUACACUACUUAUUAAUGGCUCUCUCAGACCUUCUCAAGAUGUUUCAACGUGCCCAGAAAGAAAUUUCUAAAGAUCUUAAAAAAGAAAAGUCCAGUAACGAAACCCUGAUUUCACAGCUGAAAACCCAGAGGAAAAAAUUGUUCCGUUCUGAAAAGAAAAUAUUGUUCCUUUUGAGUUGGGCCCAAUCUUAUGGACUAGCUCUUCGUGGCUGUUUGCAGGAACUGAACCUAGAAUUCUGUGAGUUGAGCAGUGAAUUGGCCAGUGUCACCAACACAAAGAAACAGUUUGAAAACGAAUGGAAGGGCAAGCGGCCACCUACCAAGAAACCCCUGAUAGAAGUUUUGAAUUGAACUCACCCCAGAAUCUCAUCUGCCAUGUCAUUUCUGUACAUAACUAAUAAAUUAAAAUAUUUUUCUAGAAUG